AUGUCGCUCGUGAUUUACACUUAUGGGUUCGCUAUAUUUCUUUUUGUUUUUUGGUGUGGGAUUUGGAUAAUGCACGUUUUAGCAAUAUCUUACGGAAAGUGGAAGUUUCAUAAAAAAGUUAAAAAAAGACCUCUGGAACAGCCAUUACCGGGAGUUUCUAUACUGAAACCAUUACUAGGAGUGGACCCAAAUUUAUAUAGUAAUUUAGAAACAUUUUUCAAUCAAGAUUAUCCAUCUUACGAAUUAUUAUUUUGCAUCGAAGAAGAUAGUGAUCCAGCAAUAAUGAUUGUUAAAAAUUUAAUUGAAAAAUAUCCCCAAAUCGAUGCUAAAUUAUUUAUCGGUGGUAAGAACAUAGGAGUUAAUCCGAAAAUAAAUAACAUGUGUCCAGGAUAUGAUGCUGCAAAAUAUGAACUUCUAAUGAUUUCUGAUAGUGGGAUAAGAGUAAAAUCAGACACUUUACUCGAUAUGGUAAAUCACAUGAAAGAAAAUGUUGCUCUUGUUCACCAAAUGCCUUUUACUCAUGACAGGGAUGGUUUUCCAGCUGCUGUUGAAAAAAUUUAUUUUGGAACAUUUCAAGCGAGAAUUUAUUUAACAGCUGAUAUUCUCGGUAUCACAUGUCAUACUGGAAUGUCUUCGUUAUUUAGGAAAAAAACACUCGAUGAAGUCGGUGGAUUAAAAACGUUUGGAAUUUAUUUAGCUGAGGAUUUUUUUUUAUGCAAAUCAUUAACUGACAGAGGUUGGAAAUCAACAGUAUCAAGUCAGCCUGCUUUACAAAACUCUGGCUACUGCAGAAUCGAUAGUUUUCAAGAAAGGUUAACAAGGUGGUCGAAAUUAAGGUUAGCCAUGGUGCCAACCACAAUUAUUUUUGAACCUUUAUCAGAAUGCAUUAUAUUGGGUUUAUUGACAUCAUGGUCUGUGCAGUUUCUAUUCGACUGGGAUCCAAUAAUAUUUGUGCUUUUGCAUAUGCUUGUAUGGUUUUUGCUCGACUGGUUAAUGUUAUCAAUUGUUCAAAAUGGAUCUUUACCAUUUAAUAAAUUAGAAUUUUUAAUCGGAUGGAUUAUAAGUGAAAUAUCUGGUCCUGCUAUUAUACUCAGGGCAUUAUGGGAUCCAGUGGUUAGAUGGAGAACUAGAACAUUUAGACUUAAAUGGGGAGGAGUUGCGGAAGAAAUAAAACCAAAAAUUAAGGUUUUAUUAAAGCCAAUUACCUUUGAUGUGUGGGCAUCAAGAAAAUUUCAAAAUAUAGAUAUCGAGAGGUAG